CAACAAAGCCGUGCAACACCGCCCUCUGGUGUUCUGUCAGUGAACUACUACUACUAACUAUUACUACUACAGACAAAUAACUCUUCAGCGUUACGUGACUUAUAUCCAAAUUCGCGCCUGUUGCUGGAACCUCCUCGUCUCAGGAGUCUGACUGAUUUAAAGAGAGACAUGUCUCCUAAACUGCAACAGGUGAUUCGGUUGCUGAUGGCUCUGAUCCGCAGUAACCGGGGGAAGUCACCCGCUGUCGGUAAAGGCGGGUUACUGGUCCUGGUGUCCACACAGAUCACACCGCCAACAUACACCGUUGCAGCUGCUGGUCCCUGGUGUUCUAAAGUGUCCAAGAAACACAUUAAGAAAGAGGCUACUGACAGAAUUUCCUCCUUUGUCUCUCUUUGUCAAUGUCCUUAUCCUGAAGAGCUCUGCAAGUUUUCAGAUAUCUUUGGGCCUUUACGCUUUCCAUAUUCAUUCCAGGUAGAUCAGGACUGCCAAGAAUUGGAGGUUGAAAGAUUCCUUCAUAGAUUCAGUCUGGUUCAUGCUCAGAUCACCGUUAUCUUCAAAGUGAGGAACAAACAACAAACACACCAGCAAGUAUUCAGUGUGAAAAGUAAAUACUCCAUGUUGGGUCGUGCCAUUGCCAUGGACAGCACUGCAUUUGGACAGACUCCGUUCUCUGUGAGGUCUCUCCCAUCGUGUAGCCGGAUGCACCCAGUUUCAGGAGAGACAAUUCCUCUCUUACUCUCACCUGAAGCUGUGGAGGCCGGGCUGUGUGGGGAGCUGAGUAUCUCUACCAUGGCUGUGCUCGGGCCCUGCAUGAAGCAGUACCCCAACUGGCCAUCUCACAUCUCACGCAUAUGCUUCUUAGUGUAUAGUCCCAGUGGCGUUCCACUAAUGCGAGGAGAGAGUGAGACACAGCUGAGCUUCCUCCAGAACCUGGCAGAAUCUCUGCCCUGGGGAACGCUGGGCCUUCCUCACGUCCGCUCCACUCAGACACACCCUGCUCAUGGCUGCCUGUGUGCUGAGGUGGAAUUCUCCAUAGACAACAAUCAGAGCGAAGAGCCUAAGCCAAAAUACAGCAGGGCUGUUAGUCAGGAUGUGAAGCUGGAACAGAGUCGUCCUGUGGAGCAAAUAGUCUCUGUUUUUAUUUUCCUCCAGCACAAUGACCCCUUUAACUCCCAGCUAUCUGACAUGAUCACAAAUGAAGAGACUUUAGAGACACACUUGGACAAGGUACUCUGGUGCAAUGGAGAGAAAGUGAAGUCAGCACUGCAAUCUCUACUGGAAAACACUCUCAAGGAAUUCCUUAAAAGGCAAAAGGCCAGGGAGACAUUUCAAACGGCCAUGUCGGUGAUCCUGAGCUCUGUGAACGGUAUUGUGAGCAGCAGUAGCAGCGUAGGGUUUCGCUCUGCCUGUCUAAAUAGCAUGAAGGUGGAGAACACUCAUGAUUUGUCCAUUAGCUUGCAUCAAACUCUUCAGAGAGUCAUAAAUGGCCGUUUUACGUCCCGUCCCAAGUGCACAGCUGAAAAGUUUUUUUCCCAGACUGAAGAGGAAGCUGUUUCAGAACAGAGUAGCCCUGGAACCUGUGCAGAAGAACUGCCUGCCAAGAGGGCUCACAGAGAUACUGAGAUGUCUCCGUUAAUCUCUAAGCGACAGUGUUCAGAGACCACUGCAGGGGAUUCAGAAGACUCUUCCAGCAGUUUGUGGGAGAAUCCGGCGGUGCCCCGGUUCUGUGCACCACUCUCUGAGGGACUGGAUAAAGAAAUGGGUUUAGCAGGAUCUUCAUCCUCCCCCCUGUAUGAGACUGAAAUAAAAAACCAAGAGGUUAAAAAGCUAGCACGGUUCCAGUGGUGUUCUUUCAGACUCGCCUCAGCGAGGAUGUUCCCCUGCCUGGCACAUCGGCCAUGGCAGACUUUGUGCAGGGUUUAUCUGCACCAGCGAGCUCACCUGUCUCAUUUCCCUCCCCGAGUAUCAUGGACCUCUUAUGGCUGGCAAAACAGAUGUAAAGGCCACAGUCUGUGGUUUAGCUUACCUGACCCCAGGGGAGCCUCUAUAGCCUGGGCACAGGUUCAGUACUUUUCUACAGACAGCAGCAGUAAAGGUGGCCCUCCAACAGAAUCGGGACAAAACGGGACAAAACCCACAGAUGAAGUGCUCACUGCUCAGCCCUCCAAAGAGCUGCCUGGAUCCAAACCUCUGAGUCUAUCAAAAGCAGAAAGCAUUCAAGUAAAAGUUCGGGCCGUGCUGAAGAAGCGGGAAUACGGUACCAAAUACACUCAGAACAAUUUCAUCACUGCUGUGAGGGCUAUGAAUGAGUUCUGCCUCAGACCCAGUGACCUGGAGCAACUGAGGAAGAUUCGUCGAAGGAGUCCUCACGAUGACACAGAGGCAUUCACUGUCUUUUUACGUUCAGACGUGGAGGCCAAGGCUCUGGAUGUUUGGGGCAGUAAUGAGGCCCUUGUCCGGGAGAGAAAUCUCAGGAAAGAGGUGGAGCAACAGUAUCAAGAGAAUAUAUUCCGCAAUCAGCAGCUGUUAAAGGAGUACAAAGAUUUUUGGGGAAACACAAAACCUCGAUCAGGCAUAAGGAAUACUUUCCUCCAGGGGCCAGGAAAGGUGGUGAUGGUAGCUAUAUGCAUAAAUGGACUGAAUUUCUUUUUCAAACUUCUGGCGUGGGUUUAUACUGGAUCAGCCAGUAUGUUCUCAGAAGCCAUCCAUUCCCUGGCAGAUACCUGUAAUCAGGCUCUUCUUGCACUGGGAAUAAGCCAGUCUGUCCGUAACCCUGACCCUGGCCAUCCGUACGGCUUUUCCAACAUGCGCUACAUUGCCUCCCUCAUCAGUGGUGUGGGCAUUUUCAUGAUGGGUGCUGGCCUGUCCUGGUACCAUGGAAUUAUUGGACUUAUGCACCCUCACCCAAUAGAAUCGCUGCUCUGGGCAUAUUGUAUAUUAGCUGGAUCGCUAGUAUCAGAAGGAGCAACGCUAUUGGUGGCCAUUAAUGAAAUCAAGAAGAGUGCUCAAAAGCAAGGACUGUCUUUCUAUGAAUAUGUAAUGCAGAGUCGAGAUCCCAGUACCAAUGUGGUUUUGCUGGAGGAUGCCGCAGCUGUUCUGGGUGUGGUGAUGGCUGCAGGCUGCAUGGGAUUAACCUCACUCACAGGUAACCCUUAUUAUGACAGUCUGGGUUCUCUGGGUGUGGGUACUUUGCUGGGUACCGUCUCAGCCUUUCUUAUAUACACCAAUACCCAGGCUCUGUUGGGUCGUUCCAUCCAGGCUGAGCAUGUGCAGAAGCUCACAGAGUUUCUGGAGAACGACCCUGCUGUGAGAGCGAUUCAUGACGUGAAGGCCACUGAUAUGGGACUGAGUAAAGUGCGCUUCAAGGCUGAGGUGGACUUUGAUGGACGGGUGGUCACACGGUCCUAUUUGGAAAAGCAGGACAUUGAUCAGAUCCUUAACGAUAUUCAGCAGGUGAAGACUCCUGAAGAGUUGGAGGCUUUUAUGUUGAAGCAUGGAGAGAACAUAAUUGAUACCCUGGGAGCAGAGGUGGAUCGUCUGGAGAAAGAGCUCAAGCAACGUAAUCCGGAAGUACGUCACGUUGAUCUAGAGAUCCUUUAAUGCUGUAAUGGAGGAGAAGAGCACAGCAUCUGUCUGGCAGAGAAGAUGCAGGCCAAGUUGAUGGAGAUUUAGGUGGUUCUGCACCUCUACUGAAUCAGCUCUGACCAACCAACCAGAUGAAGUCUUACUUUUCAUCAGUACCAUGUCAAUGUAGUGUUCCCCUUUGUCCAUAUGUCUCUAAGCUAAUGAUGCAGAAGGUGUUCUGUUAGGUCCCAAAGAUUUCAUCCACUUGACCUACUAAGCUUGCACUCAUGAAGUCACUUCAUUUUUUAAUGUAGUAAUUCUGAUGUAGGAGCUCUUUAAUAUCUUUGAAAUUGUGUGCAGAUGAAUCUGAAAACCAUAAGAUACUCAUUAGCACAAUGAGACACAGCUGUACAUCAACUGGUAAAGCAGGUUUUUGGUUUAAACUCUCUGGGUGUCAAAUGAAUCUCAUUUGUACAGCCAGUUCACUCCUUUUAACUAGCUGGGUGUUCUACUAUUCUUAUUUCACUAGUGUUUUAAUCUCUGUACAAGUGAGAACAGAAUGCAGGGAUGAGUAAUGACAUAUGUCAGCAAUGUUUUGGACAAAUCUCUUAGGGUUUUUGGAAGAUGAUUAUAAUGUAGAAAGUUAUAUUUUCUCCUCGAUUAUGAGUAACUGAAGAUGCUUAAUUGUGGUUUAUGUCAUCCCACUGAAUAAAGUACAUAGAUUAAUUAGUUGUAAUUAUUACAGUUUAUGAUUAUAAUUAUAUAUUAGGUAACAUAUUUUGCCAGUAAAGAGAUGAUAUGCUUGCUUUUAAAGUAGUUAAGUUCAUGUUCAUGGUCCUGUUCAACAGGUAUUCACUGUAAACCUUUUCAUUUUACAAUGAGCGAGAGCAAGUGUCCGAAAGAAACGGUAUAUCACCAGGGACAGAAAGAGAGCUAAGAUAAGUUGAACCCUCCUCAUAGCCUAUGCCAUUUAUAACAAUGAUGACCAAAGCUGACCUUUUGGUGUAUAUACCCAGUUAAGUAACAACACAAGACAUCUCUAAGAAUUUACAGGCAUAGGUUUGUUUACCCCUUCAUAUAACACUGAUGGAAAAAUAUUUGGUGAAGAAUCAGAGCGCUGUGUGUACUCUCACUGUUUUCUUUAUGGCUGUACAGAAUGCAUUUUUCUCUUCAUCUACAUCUUCAUCCUCUGCUAAUAAUAACACCCAGCUAUCACCGUAUCAAUCUAUUUAGCUUUGUGAUUGGAAAUGAACAUUAAGAACAGGAAGGUAAAACAGUUUGUGUUUUAGUCCCAGUCUGUGAAAUGACCAAUAUCCAGUAGUGAGAUUUAUUCUGAAAAAGAAGAUGAGAAAAGUUUGGUGAGAAAAGUGACAUUUCAGCAGUUAAGGAUUCAAGUUGGUUGUGGGCUCAAAUCCCAGGACAGCUAGAGGUGUUCAGAUUUAUGGUUGGAAAGUAUUCUGUCUGAAUAUAUGUGGCUGGAUGAAAUUCUGCAUCUGUAAAAUGAAUUAAGUUCAAUGAUUAAAUAAACCAUCCUUCAUUGCAUGCUACUAAUAAGGAAGUCCUCUAUUAAAAAAAAUCGUAUCACUAUA